AUGACCGAGACCGCAGCCGCUGAAGUCGCUCCUCCAGCGGCGCCUGCCGCUGCAACCAAGGCUCCCAAAAAGAAGAAGGCGGCCGCCCGGACCAAGCCAGCCGGUCCCAAACUGGGCGAACAGAUCGACAAGAUUGUGGCGGAUUGCCGCAGUCCCCGAGGGGUGUCCAUAGUCGCGAUAAAGAAGGGGUUGGCCGCCAACGGCGUCGAUGUGGAAAAGCUCAAAAGUCAGAUCAAGAUUGUCAUUAAAAGGAAAUUGGAAAGCGGCUCCCUGAUUCAUACCAAGGGCGCAGGUGCCUCCGGCUCCUUGAAGGCCGCUAAAAAGGACAGUAGCGCGAAAACCGUGAAAAAAGUGAAGAAACCAGCGGCGAAGACAUCUCAGACCAAGAAGCCAGCGAUCAAGAAAACUGCGGCCAAGAAAGCAGCUAAGAAAUCUCCAGCCAAGAAACAAAGUGUUAAGAAACCGACGGCUAAAAAAGCGGCAGCUAAGAAACCAGCGGCCAAGAAGGCUGCGCAGAAGAUCAAGAGCCCCAAGAAGAUCGCGGCCCCGAAGGCGAAGGCGAAGGCGCCGGCGCCCAAGAAGUCGGCGAAACCCAAACCGAAGGCAAAAUCCGUGAAAGCCAAGAAGGCGACUGCCAAAAAGUAA